UGAAAAUCUGUGUCCUCCGAACCUUUACGCCUAGGAAACAGGAAAAAGUUAUUGGGGAUCAGAUCUGUUGAAUACGAUAUUAUACGUUAACAAAAAUCUAUCUACAAAAAUCAAGAUCGAAUAAAAUGUACUAAACACGAUAAGAUCGUUUAAUUGAAUACUUAAGUUAAUCAAAGAAAGACUGAUCGUAAUCAGCAAGUUUGUGAAUGGCAUCUUUAGUACGAUAUCUAUUGGGGCCACCUGAAAUUAGAUAGAAGGGACAGAAAAUUUUUGAGAUAAAAUAUAUAAAAAGGGAAACGAUAUAAAACUCUAUUACCGCAUUCGCUUUCGUCGUCACUAUAUAGUUAAAUCAGUAACUUACUGAUUUAACAUUGAUCAUGUCGGGUCUACCAUCAGCGUGGACGCUUGUCGCUCUUACAACAUUUGUGUCGGCGGUUCCAAUCUCUGACGUAGAAGAUACCUUACAAGUGGCCCUGACAAUUCCGGACAACGAAACGGGAGUUAAAGUAUCACAAUGGACCGUAAAUAUGAACGUAAAUCCUGAAGAAUUGGGCAACUAUUUGGAAGGAGACAUCAUGAUCGCAAAAGGCUUCACACGAAACGGUGCGAAUGAUGAAAGUCUUCGUUGGUCUAAUGGCGUUAUUCCUUACGUAAUCAUGGGUAACUUCGAUUACGAUCAGUUGAAUCUUAUACAUGAAGCAAUGAAGGAGUAUGAGAAGUAUACAUGUAUCCAGCUUAAACCGAGAACAAACGAAGAGGAUUAUGUCAAAUUUGUUAGUUAUAAUACUGGAUGCUGGAGCUACGUUGGCAAGAUUGGCGGUGGACAAUCAAUAAACUUACAAAUUCCUAGUUGUGUAACGAAAAAGGGUACCGUAAUACAUGAGAUCAUGCACGCUACUGGCUUUUGGCACGAGCAUGUUAGAGUUGACCGAGAUGAUUACGUGACUAUCAACUGGAAUAAUAUUGAAGAAUCAAGCUCGGGUAAUUUCGUCAAACUUUCCCCGAAUGUCGUCCAAGGUUACGGCAUCCCUUAUGAUUACGGCAGCGUGAUGCAUUAUUCAGCGUAUGCAUUUGCCAAAAACUCUACUAUAAGAACUAUCAUUCCCAAAGAUCCGUCAGCAAGAAUCGGUCAGAGAGUUAGACUUAGCAAGUCAGACUAUCAGAAAAUUAACAAAAUGUAUAACUGCAAGUAAAAUAAAGGCUUAAUUGACUGUUCUAUCAGAGAUCCAUACUGAUGAAUAGAUUACGGCUGCUGUCAUGAUAACGUGAAUAAAUAAGUGUGAAUGAGACCAUAGAUAAAAUACAACGAUAACUUUCUGGAAUUUCAUUUAGUAUCUAUCAUAUUGUAUCGAUUAAUCAUUCACUCUUCGAAGUUUCUCGUCUUCACAAUAUUUGUAUUAGUGGAAACGGUCCUUUAUAUAAAAGAAUGUACCAUCAGAAAAGACACAACAUGACUUCAAAUAAGGAAACAAGAAACAAGAAACAAGGUAAUACAAUGGAUCAAGGAAGUUAAUGUAAAUCCUAAGGAAUUGAGUGACUACUUGGAAAGAAGUCAUACUCUUAGUAAAAGUCAAAAUCUUAGUUUCAAAAGAAACGAAGAUGUUUGAAGAAGAUAAGUCUCACCGUUUGCAUUAUUUCCAUCGUCUUUGGCCUGUUUUACACCUCUCUUACAUGCUUGUGAUGCGCACGGCUAGCUAAUUAUUUAAUAACCACAGCAUAUGGGACCUACAGUUUUAAUGUCGGUUCCGAAAGGCGGAUUUUUCGAGGGAUGUUUCUGUGGGCAAGGAUACUCUCGGGAGGUUACCAGCCUUUUCCGAGAGAAGACACGAGCGUAAAUAUUUUGGUUCCUACUGGAUCGAAUCCGGGCCCUCUGGUAUGGUAGACCAGAGCGCUGUCUGUCAUGCUAGGCUUGCGCUCAGUAAAACUCAAUAAAUUAAUAUUAUACAAAACAAAA